CUGUCUUGGAUGUUGGAUUUGUAAAAACGGGUACAUCUGCGAGUCGCUGUAGGGCGCCGCCGUCCGACAUGUCUUGUUUACGGUGAGGUCGGAAUACUACCCCGCGGUCCAGCUCAACGUCUCAGAAUAAACUUCCGUCCCAGAGAUCAUAAAAGAGAGAGAGAGAGCGAGCAAGGGGAUGUUGACUUAUCCCUCUGACUCACUCCCUCAGAUAGUUUGUCCAAUGGAUGAAGAUGCCAUUCCCCCAAACCCUUUCUGUAGUGCACCUCCCCACAGUGAACCUUCACCACCUCUCCUCCCCCUUUCCUCCAUCACUCCCAGCUGUGCAAAUGAUGGAAUAUCUGGACACAGAAGGAGUGGUCGUAUUCAAGGGAUCAGAGCUCAGACACCUAAAAAGCAGAGCAGCACAGACAGUGGAGCGACUCAGAAACCGUCCAGACAGAAUCCAUCCCUCACCAAGAGACAAAGGGAGAGUGGAAGCAUGGUGCAAGUGUCGCAGUCCAAGCAGCAGAGAGUUGAAAACACAUAUGUACAUGAGAAGCAAAAUGAGGAUGAAUUUGAUUUUACUUUUGCAGCGGAGUGCCAAAAUAAGCAAAAGGACCAGAGAAGCCCCCAGAAGAAACCAAAUGUCUCUGCUGCAGAAAAUGUAGUUGAGCAGGUGGCUGACAACACCACACAGAAUCUUGAUGCUACUAAAUCUGACGUGGAUCCAUGCGAAGGCUUGGCUGUUGGACACAGUGUUGAAAAUGCAUCUGGCCCAAAGGGAUGGGUGAUUGGCCCGUUGUUUCAGUCAUUCAAGUCGAAGAUGGCCAGUUUCACAGAGAUCGUCAUGAGUCCCGUUAAACUCUUCAGAGCUAAUAGUCCUCCACUGUCCAUGGACCAUCCAGACAGAUUCAUUGAAUGUGAACCGCAGGCCGAUGGAUCAUCUGAUGUUGAGCCAAGCAACAUGUUUCAGCCAGUAGAGCAAAGUGAGAAUGAAAAUCAGGAGGCUGAAGCUAAUCAGCAGAGGCUUAGUGAUGUAGCAGAAGAACAAAACACAAAAACUGGUGCUCUUAAAUAUUCUAAAAAAAUUAGUGUUUGGUGUGGAGUUGUCAACACACAGCUCUGAACAGGGAGAUGAAUGUGCAAUAACCCAGAAGGAAACAAACUCACCUGAUUCUGUGCCUUUGCAAGACAGUCCCUCAGAAUCUGCUGGGUCAGUUAUUAGGUCCUCAAUACUGUUACAGGCCUCCAUCAACUCAAGUGCCUCACCUGCAUCCAAGUCAAAGAUAUCCAGUGCAGUGAAGGAGCAAGGACAAGCAGGCUGUCCGGCUGAAACCACUGCCAAGAAAACGUACAGGAAAUAAAAGAAAUAUCUCUAAGCCUCUUUUGUCUGAAGUCAAAGAGGCAGAGUCUGACCCAGAGGUCAGUGAUGAGCAGCUCUCUCAGAGGAACUCAGUCAGAUCACACCAAGCUGACUCAAGUGAUUCUGGCAAAACUCAGUCGUUAUCUUCUUCAGACUGUUACACUCAGCUGGGGACAGACUGUCUUCAGCCUGAUGAUGAUGAUGUUAGCAAGAAAAUAGAAAGUUGCAGCUUAGUUAGACAAAGCCUCUUGAAUAACUUAACCGAUGGUGCUGAUGGAAGGACACUGGAGUCCACUCUGGACACCCAGCAGCUGGAAAAUCACCUAAACCCUGACACUUUUUCAUCUGUAGGUCUUGGGAGAUCAAAAAGGGGGCUGAAACUGUCCUGUCAUUCCCAAGAACCAGUGAAGAGGAAAAAGCUGACAGGAGCUGUAUGUACAGAGGAUACCCAAAACCAAGAGUUCUCAAACGUGGCUUUAGAUAGUGGAAUAUUGAGAGGACAAAGACCACCAAGAAAGGAAGUCAUGUCAACAACUACUGUUGUAGAUAGUGAAGAAAUGAAGCCUGUCAGAAAAAGACAGGCUGUUUCAACGAGAUCAAAUAGGAAAGGAAAAGGUGGACAAGAAAUGCUUCCAAUGAUAAAUGAAGCAGUGUUAAGUGCACAGACUGAAAGUUCCCCUGAUGCUAUGUUGGUUUGCUCCCUGGAUAAAAGCAGUGGUGUGUCAGUGAACAGCAGCAGCAGCAGCAAGACAAAGCCUGGUGGUUCAUGCAAAAGACUUAAAACAAGAACAGGUCUGGGUGAACCUGAUUUGAACAUAGACAGUAUGGAUCUGGAAACCACCGUAGCCAUCACUUCUACCAGACAAACCCAGCAGGAGCCGUUAUCAGAAGCGCUCAUCCGUCCUAUAACGAAGCAGCUACAGAGCACGAGCAGGAGCAGGAAUAUAAACAAGAAACCACCACUAAAACGGAAAUCGCCAGUCCGAAGCGAGUUCAGUGACAGAAUCAGACAGCACUUUGGUUUCUACCUCUUCAGAACUAUCAAUGAAGCCAUUAGAACUCACGCCCACAGAUUUUAAUACCUCUGUGCCCGUUGAAAGAGAGGAGGACUUGAAAACAGGGCUGAACCAGCCGUCCAAGAGAUCGAAGAGGGGUUUUAGAGGUGCUGUAAAAUCUACCAGAGUCAGAUGGGACUCAAGAGACAAAGCAAUGUAUCAACAAUUCUCAUUUGAUAACCAAAGAAAGCCAGUCUAAAGAAGGCAAAGGUAAAAUCUCAACAGACCCUGUAUAUUUUGAAAUGACACCUUUUGAGAGUAAUCACCAACCUGUUCCUUCACCCUCCCAGCCUCUUUUAGAUUGUUGUGUACAGUUAAAUAAUGAUGUUAAGGAAGUCGUAGAUGAGAAAGAAAAGACUGCUGCUUCUGUGGCAGAUGAGGUGUCACCCACUGAUGCUGAGGAUAGUAAUCACAGCAGCAUUAGUGUCUCUAGGCCGAGGUCUAGUGCAAGAAGAGUUAACAUUAAGCCAAGGCGAGCAGAUAACAAAAGGAGAAGGUGUCUAGUUUUGCAUAGUAGGACACAUAAAGAUGAAGAGAUGACAAACUCGAUCGCUAUGGAUGAUGCAGAUCUGGGUACAGGGAGUACUCGCUCAUCAGAAAACGGCUUUUCAAGGCGCCUGUUACGCAGCUACUCGUGCCCAGAGAUCCCCUCCCUCCGUCCUCAUGACACACCAUGGACUUCUUCUCUGCACUCACCACAUCACAGCAGGACUCACACGUCACACCAGCAUCAGUCUUCCCACACUCCGUUGGUCUCUCACGCCCACAAAUCCGUUCGGCGGGCCCGUCGACACACAGUCUGCAGUGUGGAGGUGGAGAGGGAGAUCGCCCCUCUGUGUCUCCGUAAGGAGGUGUACCCAUCCAGGAGAUCUGCCCCGUAUGACGGCGUCACCCAACACCUGUCUCCUUGUCUCGCACUUUCUCCCAGCACUUCUCUCUCAGUUCUGGCGUCCUGUUUCCUUUCUAGCCCCCUUGCUUUCCUUUCCAAGAAAGGCGACAGCACUGGAGCUGCUGCCAGCCCCAGCACUUCCAGCCGUGUUUCGUCUCCCACCUCUUCUUUUUUGACAUCCCCACUGAGCUCCUCCACGUGGCACCUCCCACGAUUCCUCCAAAGAGGCGACUCCUCUCGUGCUGCCUCAGAUUCGAGUAGCAGCGGGAAUCCCUUGGAGUGUGAGGCUGAGAGAAGACAACAGAGUGAGGAGGAGGAUGAUGGUGAAGACACAAGCUCGUCCAGUCAGGAGUAUGAAGAUGCUGGGUUGAGAGAGGAGAAGGCUCUGUCUGAUUCUGAAAUCAAGGUGGUGAAAAAGCACGAGGAACGAGGGAAGGUGUCGUCUAUCAGAAUUAGGAAAACUUUACCCAAACCUCAGAACAACCUGACACCCAUGGGCCUGCCCAAACCCAUCAGGCUGAAAAAGAAGGAGUUUAGUUUGGAAGAAAUUUACACCAACCAGAAUUUCAGCAAACCCCCUGAAAGCCGGCUGGAGACCAUAUUCGAGGUGCCUCUCAAUCGCCGGAAUGGUUCUGAGUCGUGGUUUGGCCAGAGGCGUGUGAAACGAUUUUUAGAGUUCCUGGAGGUCGGUGAGGCCAGAAAACCAAAGAAGCCACUUGUCGGCGUGGGAAAGCCAGGCGUUUCAUCUUCCAGGACCAGACGAGGGGGCUUCACUAAAGACGAACCGUCCCUCAGCGCGCAGGAUGUGGACUCGCUGCUCUGUGCCAAGCUCGAUCAGCUGAAUUUGUGGUUGAUAAACGAUCAGAAAGACAGUUGACAGAUGCCUCCAACAUGGCGAUAAUUUAGCAGCCUUUCAAAAAAAACUGCAGUGCUGUUUGUACAACUGUAACGUAUUUUCAACUUGAAGAUUUCCAUGGGAGUCUUCCAGCGCUUACUUUUGUUUUUUGUUUUUUGUCAGCACAAUCAGUGUAUAAAUGUUGUGGUGACAAGUUAUUAUUGAAGAAUUCUGUAGCAUUUGUAGCCUGCAAGUUGAAGAACAAUACAUCAUAGCACCAGAAAUGUAUUCCAUCCUAGAAGUGUGUUAUAAACAUACUGGUUAAAGGCAUUAUAAAAUUGCUUUAUUAUCAUUGAGCACUCAAA